CAAAUGAAAUGUGCGAAAGAAAAUGGGCUACCGCAGCAAAAGUAGAGAAAGGCACAGGCACGACGACAGAGGACGGAGGAAUGAAGAAGAAAGAAAAGGCUAUAGACGCAGAAGCCUAGAUAGAGACAGACGUGAUCAUAGAGACUAUGACCGAGAGUCCAGGUAUAGGCGAAGGAGCAGGAGCAUCGACAGAAGAGGUCACGACCAUAAAAGGUCCAGUGUCGAUAAAAGGGAUCAUAGACACAGAAGCAGAGACCGUGACUAUGGAGAACGGAGCCGUAGAGACUCUGACAGAUACACAGGGUACACUAGAGGAGUAGACGACCGCCGUUCACACGGCACUCGCGCAAAUGGUCGCCGUGAAAACGACAAUUUACGCAGAUCCAGAAGCGCCAGCAUCUCAAAAUCACCAAAUGACAAGGCGACAACACUUGAAACGGAUGGACAAGACGAAGAAUCCCUAAUGCUAAAACUCAUGGGCUUUGGCCAAUUUGACACAACAAAAAACAAGGAACACAUUGAUACAGACUAUUCCGGAAUCAAUCGCAAAUCAAAACGAAAAUAUCGCCAAUAUAUGAAUCGCAAAGGAGGAUUUAAUAGGCCACUAUCUCCUACAUUUUAGAAAAAAUAUUCCUUCCAUCAUCAACGAGCUCCAUCAAUUGCAAUCACGGGGAUUCUAUGUUCUAAACUCUGAAAUAUGCGUUUU